AUGCAGUCUGGCAGAUGUAAGCAGGAAGCUUCGGGAAGCGAGGAUGAGAAUGCAGAUGUUAGUGCGGGCACUUUGGAUGGAGUGGAGACAUUUGGGAGAAUGAUGGUGCUUGCUCCUGCGUUGCUCAAAAAGCUUCCAAGGAUGCUGCCCGAGGAUGCGGCGGCGGCUUGUAGAGCGCUUUCACGAACCAAGUUUUUCGACAAUGAUAUCAUCAGGUCCGUCAGACUGCGUGUGUAG